GAUGCAUUAGUAGUGAGCCACUAGGUACACAGUAGCAAUCGACUAAUAAAGUCAGAGGCCGAGUUUAUUUGUUGUUACCUUGGUACAGAUAAUAACCUGAAAGCAUUGAUUCUUCGUACAUAGAAACCCCCUUUCUUAUCUUGUACUAGAUGAAGCUGCCGGCCUACCAAUUGAUUUUGAUUUUCUUCUUCACCUCUUAAACUUCAACGGUGUUGACUACCUAUACUCCAUCUACUCUUAACCAAUGUCUUAUGGACCUCUUCCGUCGAGACGCUGCCUCCUCUCGCAUCUUUCUAAAAGGCACGUGGGGGAUAAGGUCAGGUUUCUUGGGUGGUAAGACCAUUUGCUUUUUCCUCUUUCUCCUCAUUUUAUUUGCGAGCGAGCUUGGACACCUCCGCACCCUCUGCAGCCGUUUGGUAUCAUGUAAAGUUUAUGAUGACAGCUCUCAAGACCCCAGAGGCGGUCCUUGACCUACCUACUGGGCUUUCUCAUACGGGCGUGUGCACUAAUAACAUUAUUAGUGUAACUGGAUACUCGACCCAUUCAGCCACGUUGACUCUUCAACACGAGUAUCCCAAAGGUACUAACACUAGAGUCGGUGCCGAUGUUACACUUCUUCUCCAGAACCUCAACUCCGAACAGACGGAUAUUGGUCAAUGGGUCCAUGUAAUAGGCUACAUCACAUCUAUCGACCGGACGUUUGCUAAAGCCACGGUGGGAUCUCAUACAGAAAACAUUGGGGUUCAGGCACUUGUUCUCUGGACAGCUCGUGACCUAGAUAUCUCAUCAUACGAGAAUACUCUCAUUUCCGAGGUUGAGUGACCACAACGGAAGACCCAGACUCAGACACAAUUAGCCCGGGGAAUUUCCCAUGAUUUCCAAACGAGCAGAAUAAAGCAAGAUACGAUAUGAUGCAUACCACUCGCGGAACCAUCAAUGUGUGUGCUUAUAACGCUCCGGAACCUGGACGGUAGUCACCGAACGAUCGAGGACCUGCGUGCAUUCAAAGCCGCCAAUCGUGCUUUGCUUGGACUCUUCUGAAUUACAAAAAAUAUGCUUACGAAUGGAUUUAUCCAGAUGACGAGUCACUAGAGCACAUUUUUAUCAUUUGGUACCAUUACAUUGUCAAAACUGAUACUCAUCGCGGACUGCUUUUUAUCGAGAAGUUUGCUUACUGCAGAUUCAAACGCAGGCGAUGGGCUGGUGAGGUUGUUGAUGGGCUUUACAGGCGCUGAAAGGCCAUGCCAAGAGCUAU